AUGGCGACGGCCUCCUCCAAGCAAGAAACCGAUGAUGCCGAGUUCAGCCUCGAGGAAACGUUGUGCGAGAUGGAGCGCAGCCUCUAUAUCUCGUCCCCGUCGGACUCGGAAGGGGCCGACUCGGCGGCCGAUCGGAUCCGGUUGACGCUCUCGCUCAUGUCCCUGUGCAGCCACAGCGUCACAGUCCUGGACGACGGCGGCGGGGCGGAUCGGUUCCGGGCCAGCUACGCCGAGCUCUUCGCGGGCGCGUACCAGGACCUGUUCCACUGGAUCAUGGAGCGGCCCGCGGACGAGAUCGACGACCGGAUCUGGGGGAAACUCUUUGGGGACUGGGAGAGCCUCAGAAGCAUCGAAAAGACGGGGGUAGACCCCAUGUGCAACAUCACGCCGCACGCCACGCUCCGCUUCUUCAGCAGGGCCCUCGUCUACGUCUUCGCGCGCGCCUCGCGCGGCCGCGCCGAGCUGCCGCCCGACGUCGUCUGGGACAACUUUCUGUGCUUCCACCUGGGCCGCCUCACCUUUGCCAGCCUCGUCGACCCGUCGCCGCCGUCAUCACCACCACCCAACGGCGGCGGCCCGCAGGCCCUCGACCGCGACGCCGUCGCCCGCCUCGGCACCGUCAUGGCCGUGGCGCUGCGGCGGCCCGGCAGGAACGACGACGACUCGACCUGCAGCAGCAGCAGCAGCUGCGCCGCCUCGGCCGCCUGCGCCCUCGCGCGCGCCCUCGCCUCCCACGCGGCCUCGCGGCCCCUCGACGAGCUGACCCCGGGUUCGACGCCGCACCUGCUCGACGUGCUGGCCACGGCGCUGCUGGCCGAGGGCGCGCGGCGGGGCGCGGAACGGCGGCAGCGGCACCGGCGGGCGCAACGGGGCAUCAACAUCAACGGCAGGUUGGAGGAAGUGGUGGUGGUGGUGGCGGACACGGACACGGACACGGACACGGACACGGACGGCGGGGCCGUGAUGGCGGGGAUCGCGCGCGCGGCCCACGAGGUGCUGCACUACCUGGUCGGGAUCCACGCGCGCCGCCGCGCCGGCGAGCACAACGCCGACGGCCGCGCCGCGUGGCUGGCCCGCCGCGAGGCCGCGCUCGAGUGCCUGCUGCGCCUGCGCCACCGGCUGCCACCCCGGGCGCUGUCGGGCCUGUUGGGCUGGCUCGGGGACGAGGCCGAGCUGUGUUUGGAGCUAGAUGUGGCUGGGAUAUUGGAGACGGAGGCGGAGGAGGAGGUGGCGGCGGGCGGCGGCUGGUAG